AUGGGCGAUAAGCAUUUAGUUGCUGCAUCCAUGGAAUGCUUCUCAGUGAGUGCCAAAAACCAUGGGUCAAAGUACUUACGCGUGUUCGCUGUAGCCAAUGGGAGAGUCUUUGUGAAAACGCAACCCUUCCCUCACGUAAACGAGACGUAUGCGGCCGAAGAACACAAUAUGAAUAAGACAUCAAGCCUCGGGCCCCAGGCUUUAUGCAGGGUGAAAUGUCUGGAACAGACGCACGUGCAAUAG